AUGCACCAUCUGCAGAUUAGAGCUGAUAGCGGUGCUUCGGGGACUAGUGACUAUCACUCUUGCACACACUUUCUCUACUGGUAUAACCCAACUCAUCUGAAUGAUCUCAAAUGCGACGUCCAUCACGGGGUUGUCCAAAAACUGAAGCAUGCCGGGCCAAUGAUGGCGUGGCACUGCCAUACUCAGUUUGAUGGCACACCCGCAACCGUUCCAUUCCUCCUCCCAAACGAGCCCACUUGCCUAUUCGAGCCUCAUGCCCAUUGUUCCCAACAAGUUGCGAAAGAAACCUGUUAUUAUUAUUUCAUCGAAUACUCCUCACUGUUCAUAACGUUGUCCCCAUUUCGCGGAAUCCCCACUAACCGCAAAUCCCCCAUUCACAUGCCCCACUCUGACUGUAAACGCAUGAUCGUGCCCGAAGUCAAGUUGGCAAACCGGUGCCGUUCAGUGAGACCUCAUAAUGCCUUAGAAGUGAUGUAUACUGUGUCUACACAAAACAUACCAGACUCAAGCGUGAUUAUGCACCUCAAAACAACAAGGACGAACCCAGGUUUUUCACACUAA